AUGCGCUUUCCGUGGAGCAAGAAGGAUGUGGAUCUCGAGCCCACUACAGGCGAGCAUCCCAAAGACAGCAACAUUAUGGAGAAGAAGCUGGGUCUGAGUAAGAAGGGAGCCAUCUUUGCCGCGGGUGCAUCUCUAUUCUCUGAUGGUUAUGCGAAUGCCUCCAUCGGUCCUGCCACCACCAUUCUCAAAGGCUACAUAUACGUCGAUGCGUUCACCGACCGACCUGUCAACUCUCGACUACUCCCUGCUAUCGCAUUUGCUGGGAUCAUCGUCGGGCAACUAUCUUUCGGCUGGAUCAGCGACAAGAUCGGUAGGAAGUUUGGUAUGCUCCUCUGUACGGGUAUCGUCUUUGUGUUCUCGGCCUUGCAAGCAGCCUCAAAAGGUCCAGGCGCUCAAGGCACCAUCAACGCUCUCAUUGCCUAUCGGUUCUUGGUCGGAAUUGGAAUCGGUGGCGAGUACCCGACUGGGUCUGUGGCGGCAGCAGAAAACACAGAAGACCCCGACAUCCCCAAGAAGACGCAACAGCGUCUCUUUGUCCUCUCAACGAACAGUAUGAUCGACGCUGCCUUUGCCAUAUCCUACUUUGUCUGCCUUGUCUGCCUCUGGAUCUUUGGCAUGAACCAUCUCAAUGCCGUCUGGCGAUUGACUUUGGGCCUGGGCUGUGUCCCGCCCUUGUUCUUGUUCUACUUCCGAUUGAAGAUGAAGGAGCCGGAGAGUUAUGCGAAGAACUCUAUGAGGCAUACUGGCAUCCCGUACUGGUUGAUCAUCAAGAGGUAUUGGAUUCAGCUGGCGGCUGUGUCCAUCACGUGGUUCUUGUACGACUGGAUCACGUAUCCCUUUGGUCUCUACGCGACUCCCAUCACCGCUGCCGCCGACACAGAGGGCACCUUGUACACUGCUAUCGGUUGGGGAUGCCUUAUCAAUGCUUUCUACUUGCCCGGAACACUGUUUGGUGCAUUCAUUGUCGACUAUCUUGGGCCAAAGUAUUGUAUGAUUUUCGGACUCUGUGUCCAGUCGAUCUUGGGCUUUGUCCUCUCCGGAACUUACAACCUGCUCACUCAACCUUCAAGGAUUGCGGGCUUUGCCAUCUUGUACGGUCUUUUCCUUGCUUUCGGUGAAGUCGGUCCUGGCAACAACCUCGGUCUCUUGGCCAGUAAAGCCAUCGGCCCCACGGCCACCCGUGGCCAGCUUUACGGCCUGGCCGCCGCCAUCGGCAAAGUCGGCGCUUUCAUCGGUACCUAUACCUUCCCCCAGAUCCAAGCUUCCUUCGGCAAACACGGCCAAUACCUUGAAGACACUGGUAUCUUCUACCUCGGCUCCAUCCUGGCCCUUGUCUCGGCGCUCAUCACGUUGGUCUUUAUCCCGAACAUCAAGCCGGAUGCGAUGAAGGACGAGGAUGAGGAGUUCAGGGCCUACCUGGAGAGGAAUGGGUAUGACACUUCCAAGAUGGGCCUCCGCGCUCCUGGUAUCGAUGUCGAGUCGGCCAACGCCAUCACCGAUGCUCUUGAGAAGGACAAGUUUGAAGAGGGUUUCACUACCCAGACUGAUGUGGUCCCCAAGGCCUAG